AGCUCUCAACGACUCUCUUCUCCUCUUUCUCUCAAUGACGAAGAAGAAGCUUCCACAGAUUGACAAAGAAGAAGUCUCCACUCACAGAUCGACGAAGAACCAUCCUCCAAUCACAAAUCAACGAAGAAGAGGAAAGCUCACUUCUAGUCACAGAUCCUCUGCCUCUGCCUCCGCCUCCGCCUCCAUCAAU